AUGUACACUGCUUGCGGUUCAAUUGAGGAUGCGCAGAAGGUGUUCGACGAAAGUUCUAGCUCGAAUGUUUAUUCGUGGAACGCGUUGCUUAGAGGGACGGUGAUAUCCGGGAAGAGGAGGUAUGGGGAUGUUCUCUCUACGUUUACGGAGAUGAGAGAGCAAGGGGUUGAUUUGAAUGUUUAUAGUUUGUCUAACGUGUUUAAGAGCUUUGCUGGCGCGUCUGCUUUGAGGCAGGGGUUGAAGACGCAUGCUCUUGCGGUUAAGAACGGUUUGUUUAGUAGUGAGUUUCUCAAGACUUCGGUUGUUGAUAUGUAUUUUAAAUGUGGUAAAGUAGGGCUUGCGCGUAGAGUGUUUGAUGAGAUUGAAGAGAAGGAUAUAGUUUCUUGGGGGGCAAUGAUUGCUGGAUUGGCUCACAACAAAAGGCAGUGGGAAGCAUUGGGGUUGUUUAGGAUGAUGAUAAGUCAAGACGGGAUUUAUCCAAACUCUGUUAUAAUUACAAUGUUUAUGGUUUCUGGUGCAGUUGGUCGGAUGACACUUGGAGGAUUGCUAGCUUUGGGCUACAAUGUUGUAGUGAGUUAUAAGCUAGCUUCAACUGCUGAUAUGAAGUUGUAG